AUUCCCUCUCCUCUUCCCAGCCACUGCUGCCAGAGUGAUCGACAAGUUUGAUGAAGGUGGAGCGGAAGAGGACGUCCUUGCCGUUGGCAAUAUACGGAAACAAGCCUUUGCCUCCCUCUUAGAAGCUGAUAAGAGGUACAGCGGGAGAGCUGUCUCUCGCAAAGCCUUGCAGGAAGAACAGUGGAGAGAGUCUUUGCCUGGAGCAGCAUUUGAUGAAGAAACCUCAUCGGAGAGAGGCUUUGAUAGUGGAGAUCUGGAGGAAGAACUGGAUGAUGAUAUUCUAGAUGCUACCGCGGACGAGGAUGAUGAACGUUGCAGCGAUCAGGAUGACUUGGGAAAUGACAAAGAGGAAGGGGGAGAAACAUCUGCCCAGCUCCAAACACCAAAGUUCAGUUUCCAGAACAUCAGUGACUUUGAGAAAUUUGCAGAAGGGAUGGAUGAGGUGGGGAGCAGUGACGAGGAGGAGGAGGAAGAGGAUGCCGGCAUAGAGGAAGGGAGCAACGAAGAAGAAUCUGGGGAUGAAAAUGAGGAGGACGUGGCAGAUGCCAAAGAGAGCGAGGAUGAUGGGGGGGUGGUAACCUUCUCUAAAGAAAAAGUGUCUGAAGAAGUAGAAAAGGGAAAAGCUGUGCAAAACCAACUAGCCCUGUGGGACCAGCUGUUAGAAGGGAGAAUCAAACUUCAGAAAGCGCUUUUAACGGCCAACCAGCUUCCACAGCCAGAUAUAUUCCCGGCAUUUAAAAAGGAAGGGGGGCAAGAGUUUGCCAGCGCACUCAAGAACAGUUAUAAAGCCUUGAAGGCAUUGCUGAGAGCGUUAGUGGACCUCCAGGAUGAACUGCUGUAUCAAUAUCCAGGCACAAGGUAUCUGGUAGAUGGAAAGCAGUCAAAAGUGGAGAGUGAUGAGGAGAUCCCCAGUGGUAGUGAUGAAGAGAUGGAAGGUGAGGUUCGGACGCAGAAAGGCCCUCCUAAACGGAAACUAGAGAUGGAAGACUACCCCGAGUUCAUGGCUAAGAGAUUUGCUGAUUUCAGAAUGUAUCGGAACAACACCUUGCAGAAGUGGCAUGACAAGACAAAACUAGCUUCUGGCAAAUUGGGGAAGGGUUUCAGUGCCUUUGAGCGUUCAAUCUUGACUCAGAUUGAUCAUAUUAUGAUGGACAAAGAGAGAUUACUACGACGGACACAGACUAAGCGAUCAGUGUAUAGGGUGCUUGGAAAACCAGAGAAGGAAUCUCAGCCGGUCCCUGAAUCUUUGCCCGGAUGUUCGGAGGUCAUCCCUCAAGCCAAGUCCAACACGCACCUGAAAGACCUGGAUGAAGAGAUCUUUGAUGAUGAUGACUUUUACCACCAGCUUCUUCGGGAACUCAUAGAACGGAAAACCAGUUCACUGGACCCCAACGAUCAGGUGGCGAUGGGCAGGCAGUGGCUGGCCAUCCAGAAGUUACGAAACAAAAUUCAGAAGAAAGUGGACCGAAAAGCCAGCAAAGGAAGGAAAAUCCGGUAUCAUGUCCAUAGCAAACUGGUGAGCUUCAUGGCACCUAUUGACCACUGCACAAUGAAUGAUGAUGCCAGGACGGAGCUUUAUCGAUCGUUGUUUGGCAAAAUCACGCGUCCUGAAGAACCCAAGCAGAAUUAGCAUCGAGCCUUUGCAGAAGGAAAACAUAUGCACAGACUUUUGUUCUCUGCAUUUGGCUCAUGCCCAGGGGAUCCUUUCUGUACAUUUUGGACUCAUGCCGCUAUGCUGCCAGAAGCUGCCUCCGCGUUGUCACAGCUGGUCCGUGGGAUACGUGGCAGUUUGUAGAUCACUGCUCUACUUCUGUGGGUCACUUGAUGAUGUAACCUUGGCUGCAGUGUCGUUCACUGAGGCUUUUAAUCUGCGUGGAAGCCCAAAACAUGGAUUUCAAGUCCUUGAAAUGUAGUGGGCUGUUGGGAGGGGGAAGUGCUUAACACCUUUCUUUAAGUUUGUCAGAAAGUGUCAUGUCUGUUACAACGUUUUGUAAUUUGCUGGGGAUUGUUUUAUUUUGUGCAGACCCCGUAGCUGAAUUGUAUCAAAUCAGAGUUAAGAGGAAAAGAAGAACAUGUACCCCGGCAAGAGGACACCUCAUACAUAUUUUACAGUUUAAUUUAGAAUCUGUUCAUGCCUGUUAACGAACAUAAAAUGCCCUUCCUUAUUUGAUCAUCUUGUAUUUCUGGCCCUGAUCCUACACUCUUAUGCCUGUCUAGAAUCGCCUUGAAAUUAGUGGGGAUCCAACUGGGACAGUGUAAACCUAUCAUACUGCAGAACCUGGGUCUGUUACCCCAGCUUCCUGCACCUUCGUUUGAAAGAUACGAUCAACUGCUGUGGUUUAGAAGGCUGUAGCUGUGCAUUUACUGAGCCUCAAGGGCUAAAAUGUUGCUAAUGUGACCCAAAAUAAAGGUGCCCUAGAGCCCACCAGUAGCUUGAA